GAUAAUAAUAAUUGGACUAAAUUCUAAAUUUAGAAGGGAGUCUCAUAGACUAAAAUCUGCAAAACUGUAAAGAUCUGUCUUUUUUCUUGCUGAAUAAAUAAUUUGGCAGUAAUAUAUGUUAAUGUUAUAUGUUUUUAUUUGCACAAUACAUCUCAAACGCAUAAAUGACACUCCUGUUUUCUUACUUCAACUGUAUUUAAAUAACUGAAGACCUUUUUAAUGCAAGCUCCAUUGAGUUAAUACCUUUAUUUCCUUCUUUAUUAUGAUUUCAUUGUGUCCAGUGAAAGAAUACAUAUAGUGAAGAUUAAAAUGACUUAUAGCCAUAUCAAUAAUAAGGUCAUGCAGCAGAUGUGUUUCAGUUCCUAGUUAGAGGUUUCUGCUGCCCUGCACGUCACCUGAUAUUGUGUAGUUUUCUGUUGUGAACUCUUAGGGCCGCUGUUGACCAGCGUGUUGAAGUAGGAUCCACAUAUUUAGUUAAACCUCCCAUUUAAUUUCUUCAUAACAAAAAGGCAGCUUGGCAGUCGACACUGGGUUGCUCUCGCGGUGGAUCACCGGAGCGUUUAACGGAGAAUUCUCCUUUCAGCAAUUGUUUUAAUAGCGUGGGCAUUUACAGGACAUCGACCAUGGAUUUCUAACCCACUGCAGUUUUCUAUAUAAUAACGGAGACGGAGAAGGGGACAUCGGACGGAACAAUGAAUCGGGAGGUGGGCCUGUUGUUCAUCUUACUGUUUUUUCUCGACUCCACGGCCGGGCAAGCCAGCUACUCAAUUCCAGAGGAAAUGCCCAAGGGUUCUUUGGUUGGAAAUAUAGCGCAAGAUUUGGGUUUAGAGAUUAAACGGUUGAUCUCUGGAAAAGCAAAGAUUUUUAGUAGAAACAGGGAGGAGUACGUCGAGCUGAACAGGGAGAGAGGAGUCCUCCUCGUCGAGGAGAGGAUCGACAGAGAGGCGCUGUGCGCAGAGACGGCGCUUUGUGCUUUAGAUUUCCAGAUUAUUCUAGAAAAUCCUAUGGAAUUUUAUACGGUUACAGUCCACAUCACGGACGUUAAUGAUAACACACCGACAUUUGAAAAGGAUGAGAUGAAAUUCAAAAUUAGCGAAUCUGCAGUGACAGGAGCAGUAUUUGUUUUGCAAAGGGCGGUGGAUCAUGAUGUUGGAAUAAAUGGUCUGCGAGACUAUUUACUAAAACCAUCAGACCAUUUUGCUCUGAAGCUCCACAACAGCGCUGAUGGAAACAAAAACGUAGAGAUGGUUUUACAGAAGCCUUUAGACAGAGAGAAGCAGGAGCAGAUCAAUCUGGUGUUAACGGCUGUAGAUGGAGGAGAGCCGCAGAUGUCAGGAACGAUGCAGAUUGUCAUUACAGUCUUAGACGUUAAUGAUAAUGCUCCUGUUUUUACACAGAAAACAUACAAAGCUACAGUUACUGAAAACUCACCUAAAGGCACCGUUGUUGCUACAGUUACAGCAUCAGAUGCAGAUGAAGGCUCUAACAGUAAAAUAACAUACUCGAUUACAAACACAUUUGACAAUGUGAGGAAAAUGUUUAAGAUAAGUGAGGAAACUGGACAAAUCACACUGAUUGAUGAUAUUGAUUUUGAGACAGCGAGACGUUUUCAAAUAAAUGUACUUGCUAGUGAUAACGGUGGACUGACAGACUCUUCAAAAUUAAUAGUGGAGAUUAUGGAUGUUAAUGACAACAAGCCUGAAAUUAGAAUUAUGUCCAAAUCGAAUGUAAUAUCUGAAAACGCUAAACCAGAUACUGUCGUAACAAUGAUUAAUAUUGAAGAUUUAGACUCCGAAGAAAACGGGCUUGUAAAGUGUUUCAUCAAUGAAAAUAUUCCUUUUAUUUUGAAGUCAUCCUCAAAUAAUUUCUACAGUUUAGUGACAGACAGCGAGUUAGACAGGGAGAGAGCCUCUAAAUAUAACAUCACGGUGAGCUGCUCUGAUGAAGGAGUGCCCUCCCUCUCCAGCAGCGUCACUCUCACCUUACAGAUCUCUGAUGUGAAUGACAACGCACCUGUCUUUGAGAGGAGCUCAUAUGAGGCCUACAUUGUAGAAAACAACACACCAGGUCUCUCUAUAUUCACAGUGAAAGCCACAGACGCUGACUGGAACCAGAAUGCCCGUGUUUCUUACAUACUGGAGGACUCCUCCGUUAACGGAGUUCCGGUCUCCUCAUAUGUGUCCGUUAGUGCUGAUAGCGGGGUCAUCCACGCAGUGCGCUCUUUUGACUACGAGCAGAUCAAAGACUUCCGGUUUCACGUUAAAGCGCAGGAUGGAGGCUCUCCUCCUCUCAGCAGCAACGUGACUGUGAAAAUACUGAUCCAGGACCAGAACGAUAACCCCCCUCAGGUCCUGUACCCGGUCCAGACUGGAGGGUCCGUGGUGGCUGAGAUGGUGCCUCGUUCAGCAGAAGUGGGCUAUCUGGUGACUAAAGUGGUGGCUGUUGAUGUGGACUCUGGACAGAACGCCUGGCUCUCCUAUAAACUGCAGAAAGCCACAGACAGGGCGCUGUUUGAAGUGGGCUUACAGAAUGGAGAAAUCAGAACUAUCCGUCAAGUGACUGAUAAAGAUGCUGUGAAACAAAGACUGACUGUUAUAGUGGAGGACAACGGCCAGCCCUCUCGUUCAGCUACAGUCAUUGUUAACGUGGCGGUGGCGGACAGCUUCCCUGAAGUGCUGUCGGAGUUCACUGACUCUACACACGACAAGGAGUACAAUGACAACCUGACUUUUUACUUAGUCUUGGCUCUGGCUGUAGUUUCCUUCCUCUUCAUCACCUGUUUAGUGGUUAUCAUCUCAGUGAAAAUCUACAGAUGGAGACAGUCUCGCAUCCUGUAUCACUCCAGCCUCCCUGUCAUUCCAUAUUAUCCACCACGUUACUCAGACACGCUGGGGACAGGAACUCUCCAACAUGUGUACAACUACGAGGUGUGCAGGACCACUGACUCCAGAAAGAGUGACUGUAAGUUCGGCAGAGCUGCUAGUAAGAACGUGUUGGUAAUGGACCCCAGUUCUACAGGAACCAUGCAGAGGAUGCAGGGUGAGAAGAGCAUCCUGGAUGAGCCUGACUCUCCUUUAGAGGUUAGUUGUCUUUAAACAUUCCACCCACAAUAUUUUAUAUUAUAGAUUAUUUUAACAGCUUGUCAUGAAAGUUCAAAAGCAAUACAUUGGUAAUCCAUGUCAUCUUUCAUCUGUAGCAAUUAGUACAUAUUAAUUAUGACCAAUAAGAUGGGAUUAUUCCAUGUAAAUAUAAAAUAUGAACCUGAUUGAUCUUUGAAAGUUUCAUCAGAAGAUUCUAGGGUUUUUUGCAUCUUUAGGGACCAUAAACACACUUCGUAUUAAUUCAGACAGAGUCAGGUAUGUGGUUUAUAAAAUAAUUUAAUUAUUUUUUCGAAACUAACUAUUUAUACAUGACAAGAUAUGAAUAAUGUGAUGUGAUGUGGUGGAUGUGAGGUGUUGUAGCAACCGUUCUUUGUAUCUGAGAGAAAUUGUGAAAUCUGGGUGUAAAAUAAUUUGUUGUUUGGUUCUAACCUAGAGAGUUGUUUAUUAAAAACAGAAUCAGAUGCAAUCUGCCGUGCUAAGUCUACACCUUUGGUGUGGAGGUUCUCGUUCGAUCUGGGGAGUCGAUGGUCACUGCCAUGGAGUGAACCUCUGAUAUCAGGAACCCGUAGAUAGCUCCGAUAAGACCCGUCAAGUCUGAGAUCCUUCAAGUUGAAGGUCGAAAGCAGGAACGCUUAUUUGCAUCUAAGUUUGAUGAAUGCUUGACUCUUAGAAGAGCAGGUUGUCUGGUAUCAUCCGCAGCGUUGCAGAGAGGCUUUGACAGGAGGUCAAAGAAGAGGAUGGUUUCAAAAAUGCUUCUUUCCCAAAUUGGCCGGUUCGAGGGUCAGCAAGAAACUGAACUAAUCGGGAAGUAAAUCAUGUUUUAAUAACCCGCAAUGAUAUGAGUUCUGGCCAAGUUUGGCAACUCAGAAUUUGACAUGUUUUUAUCUCUGUGUGAAUAAUUAUUGUUGAUCUUCAGAUUUAUUGAAUAACAAACAUGAAGCUGUGAAACUACACUAUCUGAGGAUGUGUGUUGUGCCCUAUAAUAUUUUAAUAUAUACAUGUUUAACACUUAAGUCUCUGCUGUCCUGGCUUUAGAUGUUUAAUUUUUAACUGUAUGUUUUUAAUUAUGUAUUUAAUAUUUAAGGUUUAUGAUUCCUGUGUCUCAUGCAUCUGAUUAAAUU